AACAGCGUGCGGAGGACGGCCACAUCUCCGACUGAAAACAAGUGGAUCUCUGUGGAUAAGAUCACCGGGCAGCCAUGGAAGAACUUACGGCUUUUGUAUCCAAAUCUUUUGACCAGAAAAGCAAAGAGAGCAGCAGCGGCAGUGGCAGCAGCAACAAGAAGGAGACGAUCACGUACAGGGAAGUUUUGGAGAGUGGGUUGGCUCGCUCUAGGGAGCUUGGAAACUCUGACUCUAACCUGCAGGACAUGACCGAGAGCAGCAACCAUUGCCCGGUGCAUCUUUUCAAAGACCACGUAGAGAGCGACAAGGACAAACUGAAGGAGUUCAGCACGGGCAGGACGGCGGAAGGGAUCUACGAGUGCAAAGAGAAGAGGGAAGAUGUGAAGUCAGAAGAUGAAGAUGGACAGACCAAGCUCAAACAAAGGAGAAGCAGAACCAAUUUCACACUAGAGCAGCUGAAUGAGCUGGAAAGACUUUUUGAUGAGACUCACUAUCCGGAUGCCUUCAUGAGGGAGGAACUAAGCCAGAGGCUGGGACUGUCUGAAGCUAGGGUUCAGGUCUGGUUCCAGAACAGGAGAGCAAAGUGCCGAAAGCAGGAAAACCAGAUGCACAAAGGUGUGAUCCUGGGAACCGCCAGCCAUUUAGACGCCUGCAGAGUGGCCCCCUAUGUGAAUAUGGGAGCCCUGAGGAUGCCUUUCCAACAGGUCCAGGCGCAGCUGCAGCUGGAGGGCGUGGCCCACGCGCACCCGCACCUGCACCCGCACCUGGCGGCCCACGCGCCCUACCUGAUGUUCCCGCCGCCGCCCUUCGGGCUGCCCAUCGCCUCCCUGGCGGAGUCCGCCUCCGCCGCCGCCGUGGUGGCCGCCGCCGCCAAGAGCAACAGCAAGAACUCCAGCAUCGCCGACCUGCGGCUGAAGGCCCGCAAGCACGCCGAGGCCCUGGGGCUCUGA